UACACUAAGAAUGGGUAUACAAAUUCUAGCGAUCAACGAUUGAUAUCGUUAUCAAUUAAUACAACAGAAAGGCACAAGUUCAAUGCCAUCUACUGUCUUCGCUAUAUAUACCUGAUCAGUACGAUCCGUUGGCCAUACAAGUGUCGGACAAGAUGUCGAACAAGAUAGCAAUCCUUCUGGCAGUUCUAGUUGCGGUGGUGGCCUGCGUUCAGGCACAGGCCAACCAGCGUCAUCGGUUGGUCCGACCGGAGCCAAGAUUCUCACCGCGCCCACGGUACGCCGUCGGCCAACGUAUCGUCGGUGGAUUCGAGAUCGACGUCUCCGAUGCUCCGUAUCAGGUGUCGCUGCAGUACAACAAGCGUCACAACUGCGGAGGAUCCGUCCUGUCCAGCAAGUGGGUCCUGACGGCCGCUCACUGCACUGCCGGCGCAUCCGCUUCCAGCCUGACCGUACGCUUGGGAUCCUCGAGACACGCUUCCGGUGGUACCGUGGUCCGUGUUGCACGUGUCGUGCAGCACCCUAGCUACGACAGCAACAACAUCGAUUACGACUACUCCCUGCUGGAGCUGGAGAGCGAGCUUACCUUCAGCGACGAUGUGCAGCCAGUGGGUCUGCCGAAACAGGACGAACCAGUCAAGGAUGGAACCAUGACGACGGUGUCUGGAUGGGGUAAUACACAAAGCGCCAGCGAAUCGAACGCUGUUCUGCGGGCAGCCAACGUGCCGACCGUGAAUCAGCAGGAGUGUGACAAGGCCUACAGUUCGUUCGGAGGAGUGACCGAUCGUAUGCUGUGCGCUGGAUACCAGCAGGGCGGUAAGGACGCUUGCCAGGGAGAUUCGGGAGGUCCGCUGGUUGCUGAUGGCAAGCUGGUUGGUGUUGUUUCGUGGGGAUAUGGCUGUGCUCAGGCUGGAUACCCGGGAGUGUACUCGCGUGUGGCCAGCGUUCGUGACUGGGUGCGUGAGAACAGUGGAGUGUAAACCGUUUUCCAACGAAACCUUCUCAUGGAAAAAUCUGAAAAUGACAAAAUAAAACUGAACUGAAGCAAUUAUUGAA